AUGCUGCUGUCUGUUAUCACCCCUUGUCCUCGUGCGAACGUGAGAAGUGAACAUGUCAAUUUGCACCCCAUUUCCCUAGCCAAGCUUGAGAAGCUCCAUGCCUUCGAGAAAGGCGAGGCUCGAAUGCACAGUGCUGUUACACUAAUCAUGGAAGGGCGAAAGAUCUCAGCCACAGAAACAUGCAGAGUCUUAAAACAGCUUACUGUCGACCACGAAGAAGAGGCGCUGCAGCUGCGCGAUGAGCCUUUAGCAGAACACGGCCAAUCGGACACAUCUGGAUCUACUCGGGCACAGUUUGUGAAGCUCAAAUUGUCCUCGAUAUCACUAGCACGCACGAAAAUAAGUGAAUUAAAGGAGUCGUAA